AUGUACAAGAAUGAUGGCACACGAAUCGCUUAUGAACUCCAUUUCAAAAGUCUCACCAGCAGCCGCCUCGAGAAUUUCUUCACUCGUAAUAGAUCGCCUCUCAUCGAAGAUUAUCGCGCACCCUCGUCGAAAUUGGGGGAAAAUGCGGCUAGUAUCAUCAAAGCCUUGUCAAACGACUCAGCGGUGCAUGACCUAGCCGUAAACGUGGGCCUUCUCAAAUCACUUCAGUUCAGGAAAAAUAUCGAUCCCCUAGACCUUUCGACGUACAACUAUAUGGGCACCGCUAAUGAAAAAGAAGGCCGAAAUCAUUUCUAUCAUGCCUCCCAGCUGAAUUUCCUCGCAGAUACGGCCACAGCGUUGGGGGACCACGCACAGAUGAUCCGCUACUUUAAGCACUUUCAAGGCUAUGGACAUCAGGAAAAAAAGUGGUUGCGACAUCGCGCAAUAUAG